GGGUAGCUGCCAACUUUAUACCCGCACUCUCAUCAGUCGAGAAUAUUCAACGAGCUUAAGAACAACGUUCCCAAAAUGCCUCCUAUUGGUGUGACUAAACAUUUCAAUUACCUGGUUUUGGGUGGCGGAUCGGGUGGAAUUGCAUCAGCCCGCAGAGCCGCCGAAUUUACCAAUAUCUCGGUGGGAUUAAUCGAGAAAACGCGUUUGGGAGGAACAUGUGUCAAUGUGGGCUGUGUGCCCAAGAAGAUCAUGUUUCAAGCCGCUCAUUUCUGCGAGGAGGUCAAGGACAUGACUGACUAUGGAUUAAACUUUGAAGGCCCUUUCAAAGGCUUCGAUUGGGGAAAUCUCAAGCCUAAACGCGAUGCCUACAUCCAGAAACUAAAUGGGAUAUACGGGUCGAACUUGGACAAGUCCAAAGUGGAACUCAUUACUGGAACCGGAAGAAUUAUCGGUGACCGUAAAGUCCAAGUGGAUGGCAGUAUUUACUCUGCAGACCAUCUCCUCAUUGCCGUGGGCGGAUAUCCCAUCUGGCCUCAAAUACCUGGAGCCGAAAACGGCAUCACAAGCGAUGGUUUCUUUGAGCUGGAGACACUGCCCAAGAAAACAGUCGUGGUUGGAGCCGGAUAUAUUGCCGUAGAAAUGGCAGGGAUCUUGAACGCUCUAGGAUCGGAAGUCCACUUCUUGAUCCGGCAUGACAAAGUCCUCCGGAACUUUGACGAGAUGCUCUCCAACUCUGUCACUGAGGAAUUGGAACACUCUGGUAUCACCAUGGUCAAGAACGCCAACGUAAAAGCAGUGAAAGGCUCCAAGCCCAAUUUAACGAUCGAAACCGAAGAAGGCCACUUGAUUGAUGGUGUGGAUUGCUUACUCUGGGCUAUUGGCCGAGCUCCGGCCACGAAAGAUUUGGGAUUAGACAAUUCCAACAUUAAAAUGGACAAGAAAGGACAUGUGACUGUGGACGAAUUUCAGAACACCACCUCCCCCAACACAUACUCGGUGGGUGAUGUGGCUGGAAAGUUCCUCCUCACGCCAGUGGCCAUUGCCGCCGGUCGAAAACUGGCCCAUCGUCUCUUCGACCAAGGCCAAGAAGGCCUAAAACUGGACUACGAAAACAUUCCCACAGUGGUGUUCUCACAUCCACCCAUCGGCACGAUUGGACUAACGCAAGCUGAAGCCGAGGCCAAAUUUGGAAACGAUCAGAUCAAGAUAUACCAAUCCAAAUUCACUGCCCUUUAUCACUCAAUGACAGACAGAAAACAGAUGACCAACAUGAAACUGGUUUGUGCAGGACCCGAGGAAAAAGUGGUGGGGUUGCACAUGAUUGGACGGGCUUGUGAUGAAAUGCUUCAAGGAUUUGGUGUUGCCAUCAAGAUGGGUGCCACGAAGAAAGAUUUUGAUAGUGUGGUAGCCAUUCAUCCAACAUCGUCGGAGGAAUUGGUCACAAUGAGAUGAAUUGGAAUGAUGGAGCUUGAACCAAUCAAUGUCUGUUCACAAGUAUAUGAUACAACUGCACAUAAAACAUUGCCCCAAUUGAUUCCAAAAUAAAAGUUGAUUUAUUUUUA